UUACAAGAUUUCUUGAAAUCAUUAUUAACACCAAAUCAUCCAAUAAUGUUGAAAGUUGUAAAUAAUAUUACUGGAAAGAUGGACGGUUCGAUGAAUUACCUUUCAGCUCAUGACAGAGUCGAUUAUAUAGAAGCCAUAAUAGAAAUAUCAAUGUACUACUUAAGGGCAUUUGCUGUAUGGGAAGAAUUGGAAAUUAAAAGACUUUUAGGUGAAGAGGAUUCAGAAAUAUUUUGUUGA